UUUCAACCUAAAAAGAAUGGAUGCAUAUGUGUUGAUGUCUCCAAGGAUCUCAAUGGAGCCAUUGUGCUUUCUUUGGUUCGUUUCACCUAGGCACACUGGCCACCUCAUAUGGGGGUGCAUUAAUUUGCUCUGAGUCAUCAGCAGCUCACACAGGGAACAGGUUGGAUCCGCAACGGCAAUGGAUCUAUCACUCAUAAUGGCCCCAGGGACACAAACUCAAAUAUGGCCUGAUUUAGGAAACACUAGUGCUGGCACAAGGUCAACAGCAAUGAUAUGGGAAAGUGUUUAUUCAGAGGUGUUGGCAUAUCUGACAUAUCAUGCGUUGCAUUCAGUAUUAUUCAGGCCAGCUCACGCUUGCAAGCAUUCAAUUAAUUAGAGCCUGUUUGCUAGAGUGUUAGAGCUUUUGACAUGGUUAUGUGUGCUUGUGUAUCUGCUAGAGUGCCCUGUCGCAGGAGAGAACACAGGAGUGGGCAACAAUGAAGCCAGAGGAGGAGAUGACUGAGGAGACCUUCCUCAAGGAACUCUAUGCCUAUAUGAAGAAUCGAGACACUCCCAUUGAAAGAAUACCUCACCUCGGAUUCAAGCAGAUUGAUCUCUUUGUGAUGUUCAAGACUGUACAGAGCUUGGGAGGAUACAACCAGGUUACAGCCCACCAGUUAUGGAAGCAGGUGUACAACAAGCUGGGGGGGAACCCUCGCAGCACCAGUGCAGCCACUUGCACACGUCGUCACUAUGAGAAGCUGAUCCUGCCAUAUGAGUGCUACUUGAGGGGAGAAGGCAAUAAGGACUUAACCCUUCCCCGCCAGCAGAAACGAUUGCGUCCCAGCUAUCCUCAUGGCGAGGAGGAGGGCCUCCGAGGCGGAAAACGCAGCACAGCUUAUGGACAUGUGCACACUCUACACCAGAAUUCCCAUGCCUUCUUAGAAGACAGAGCCAGGGUCAUUCCAAUGCCUGUGCACCUGCAACAUUAUUUCCAGUCCAGCGGUGCAGCACUGCCACCUUACCUCCCAGCCUCCCCUACCAGGUCAACACCCCUGCCCCAUCCUGACUCCAGGGCCUUCUACAUGCCACCACCCCUGGAAGUGAGCGAAAGGCCAAGGCAGCACCUGGUUGUACUGCGCACGUUAGCAAAUGAGUACAUGUCCUCCUCGGGUUGGGCUGAGCCCUUAAAUCUGAGCUGCAAAGAGGGGGGCAUCAGCAAAGUCAGCCAGCAGCCUUCCUCCUUUACCCCAACCAGCAGCAACAAGACUCCUAAAUUUCUCAACAAGGUGGUCCCCCUUUAUCAGGCCUGCAGUGUAGCCAAAGAAGAGGGACCAGAGGUGUUGGAUCCCGAAGUGGCCACUGCAAAGCCCAGUCCUGCUGGUCCAAGUAUCUGUCCCUUCCCAGCUAUGAGAGAUGUCAUUGAUCUCGCUUCCUCUGCAGUCUCACACAAUUCCUCUCCAGAGACAGAUCCCACCAUUAAGACAGAGGCUUUUAGCACCUCACCACUGUGGCAUCGUGGUCCGGCUACUCCAGAUGUGCGGACUACCAAGAUCCCAGAAACAGAUCUCCCGUCUAAACAAGAAGGGGAAUCUCCCAAGCCUAGCCAAAGUCCCCUCAAUCUAAGCUGCUCUAUGAUGAAUUCAUCCAGUGAGUCUUCAGGUAGGAUGGAGAUCCAGAUCCCACUGGCCCUGCUGCAGGACUGGUUUAAGGGUACCAUCGUGUCAGGUCUCCGUAACAGAUUCAGUGCUGUGGCCUUGGAGUCCCGUGAGAGUCACAUGAAGGGAGGAGAGGGAAGGUUACCGAUGCAAGUGAAUUCAGAGGCAGCACUUGUGAGGGACAAACCCUCAGAUCUGAGCUUCCAUAAACACCAAAGGAACAAUGAUAGCAGCUUCAAGGGGGAAGACAGAAACUUCAAUGGCUCCAUCACCAAGCAGAGGCACACCACAAAUGGAGAUCACUAUGCCAGCAUCAGCCGGCACCAUCAUCCACUCUCACCUGGCAUCACAGCCAGGGAGUGGGAGGCCAACACAGAAUGUAGACGGGGCUUUGAACCAUACCACCAAAACAUGUUUUCAAAGGGUCCUACUGGCAGCAAUCCCUACCACUUUUACCUCCAGAACAAAGAUUAUGUAGCACAGAAGACAUCCCCCAUGGGGCUGAUGGAAGCUCAGGACCUGGUGGUGGGAAGAAACAACAGUCAGGUCCAGUCAGCCUCUCUAAAAUCACCACUGGGUACCCAUGAGCAAGAACAGCGAAGCACAGGCCAUUUGUCCCCGACUAACAGGUGUGCAACCUCACCAGCCCUGCUUGGGCCACAUGAGAAAGCCCAAUCAAUGAGCAGACCCGCCAACGUCUACAUGGUAAACUCUACCUCAUCAUCCCUGCAGGCUCUCACCCAGGAAGAGUACCUUAAACUGAGGCAACUCAUCUCCAGUUCCCUGUGACGACUGGUCAGAGCACUGCUGGUGCCAAAUAACUGUCAUGCCAGUAAAGAAAGCACAGCACCCACCAGCAGAACCUCCCAUGCUGAAACACAUUCCAAUAAAGGACACAGCUGUUCAAAUGGCUCAUGUGAAUGGCCUUACAACUGAUGGAAGAACUGUUACAGCUCUAAAAUAUUUCAGAUGUUUACAUCUUAUUUUUCUAUUUUUCUACUGCCCAUUGGUGAAGAAAUGACACCUGUGUUGCAUGUACCACACCUAAGUUGUAAAUAAGGGCUCUUCCAUGAAGGGUUAUUUCAUUGUCGUUCUGUUCAUUUUGGAUUUCAGCUUUGUUUGUGGUAGAUAGUAGAUUGGUCCUAUUAAAAUGAAGGUGUUUUCUUUAUCUUGACUCUGAAUUCUUUGAUUGCAAUGGAAAUGUAAAAUACAUGUAUGUCAAAGAGGUUACAGAGAACGACACAGGAAGAUGAACAACCUUCACAACCAUGUUUAUGUCCUCUAACUGAACAUUCACCAUCACUCCAGGGGUUUCACCAAGAAGCCAAGUAGCUAUUUUUGUACACACUGUACUUUGUGUCUAUAGAGUACUUCCUUUUUUAAAUUGUCAUAUUGUUAUGUACUUUGAAAACUGUAUAUUUUAAUUUUCUGUAAAACAGUCUUUAAAGGAACUAUGAACUUGUAUUUGCUUUGUAAUAUCUAUAUUUGUAUUAUCUUGUUUACUUUAUAUAUUACAUUUUGAAGGGAUAAAAGGAGCCAUAGCAUAACCAAAAAUGUAUUUUUGUACAUAUUUGUGAAAGUGUUGAAUUGGGAAGCUGUAACUCAGUACACAAUAAAAGUAAAAACUCACAUAUU